AUGCAGCUGAAUCCGGAGGCACAGAAAACUCGUUUUUCAAGGCGAGAUUCCCUCAAUUCACAAUUCGUUGGGUUUUAUGUGCUGGUCCGCGCGCUUCACUCGCGAAAAACCGCACGAACCCGUCAAAUUGUCGACUCCACAGUCUACGAUCUAGAGAUGCGCGUGCGUCAAUCGCAAGCAACAGCUUCCCUGUGCCCUCGCAGAUCGUCUUCUCUGUUGGCCGUCUUGUUCGAUUUCAAACUAUCGCUGUGGCAAAGCAACCUCGAACUCAAGUAUCCGCAGUGGUGA